UGAAAAAAAAAUCGAUGAAAACCAUCGCACGUGUGGUCGCCUCCCCGAUAUAUCGCCGCAGAACUAUCGACAUGAAAAAUCGUGUGUAAAAAGUGAAAAUUGUGUUUGAAACCUGCAAAAAUGACUUGAAAAAAAAGCUGUUCAGAAAUUAACUUCGCUCAAUAAUCGAUCCUGCGAAGAGACGAUGACAAGUGCGUUGAUCCUCUCGCGCCGUUGUAAACCCAGGUGGCUAACCUCUCUGCUGAAGCCCCUCAGACCCUCCCCCGUCGUCAAAUACUCCAUCAAGCCGGUGUUCAAGAUGCACGAGGCAUAUUUGUGGCACGUGGAGGGCACCGAGACCUUCGACUUCACCUUCCGGUACGCCCAGACGGACCUGAAUAUCGACCGACAAUUCAACCUGUCUCGUCGAGUGAACGAGAACGUGGAGGCCUUCCUCAAGAGGCUCGACCUCAACCUGGGGAAGGUUCUCGACAAGAAAAAGCGUAAGAAGGCGAAGAAGACCGGCGAGUCCCCGGAGCAGCGGGACAACGUGGGGGAGGGAAAAAUAGUGCUGCUCAAGGGGGAAACCAAGGUCGAGCUGGAGUUGCCCUGUGCCAGCGUCAUCGCCGACCCCCGUGACCUCUUCCUCACGAUUUUCGACGAAAAAUACGUCAUCAAUUUCAACGCUCCCUGGGUCACUGACCUCGAGCUCCCCCUCUGCAUCCUCGAGGGAUUCCCAGUCUAUCCCUCAACCUUCGAUGCUAUGUACACCCUCAAAUCCAAAUCCACGUUCAGGUGGUACAGAAAUCCAGCACCGAAGAGCCACAAUUUUAAGAAAGACGAGGAAUCCUGGGAGAUGAUCGGCGAGGGGCUCAUUUAUGUGCCUGCGAGGCAGGACAUUGACUGCAGAUUAAAACUUUCUUGUCUUCCUGGGAAUGAGAGCCAAGUGGGACCUGAAGUUCAGGUCGAGGCGAAGUCUGUGGUUGAGGCAGGGCCUGGAGCUUGUCCCUUUGAAAUUAGGCAACAGUUUACAAAGAAUAAAUUGUCUGGGAAAGAUUUCAGGAUAGCAUCGUAUAAUAUUUUAGCAGACACUUACGCAGACUCGGACUACUCCCGAGAGGUUUUAUUUCCGUACUGCCCCCCAUAUGCCCUAGCAAUGGAUUAUCGAAAGUUGUUGAUAGUUAAAGAAUUAAUAGGAUACAAUUCAGACAUUCUCUGUCUGCAAGAGGUCGACAAAAAGGUCUAUGAAAACGACUUGGUCCCAGCUCUGUCCUCCCUGAACUACAGUGGAAUAUUUGCCACCAAGGGGGACACAGUUGAGGGACUAGCCGUGUUCUACGACCAAAACCGCUUUCAACUUCUGGACAAUAAGUGCACAGUUAUGGGGAAGAACGUCGAAUUUAAUGAGUCCUUCAAGAGGAUUUGGGCUCGAGUGCAGAACGACAGCACGAGACAACGAUUUUUGGAGCGAAACACUUCAUUGUUGAUCGUUACCUUACAAUCUAGAGAUAAUCCAGGAGAAAUUCUGGUCUUAGGAAACACACAUUUGUAUUUUCACCCUGAUGCUGAUCACAUAAGACUGCUGCAGGGAUAUUUCGCGUUGACUGAGUGUCAAAAUACCGUUGAGUUCACUAAAAAAUUGUAUCCAGAUAAAAACGUGACAUUCAUUCUGAGUGGAGACUUCAAUAGUAGUCCUGCUGAUGGGAUUUACGAAUUGAUGACGAAAAAAUAUGUUCCUGAGGACCACAUUAAUUGGAAAUCAAAUCCUGAACAAAUAAUCGAGAACGUGUCCCUCUCGCACGAAAUGUCACUUGCAAGUGCCUGUGGAACACCAGAAUACACAAACUUCACAGUAGAAUUUGCCGAUUGCCUGGAUUACAUCUUCUACCAGACGGAUAAGCUUCAAGUGACUCAGGUGGUUCCAAUGCCGAGUAAAGAGGAGCUCUCGCUGCACGGGGCAAUUCCAUCUGUUGUUUUUCCUAGUGAUCACGUGGCCAUUUGCGCUGACCUCAGGUGGACUUCAUAAUCAGGUUUUUAAUUUAAGAAUUCUGUGCAUAAUAAGAAUAAUUUUACUUUAAAAAUGUGUACAAAUAAUGGACUCGAGAAUUG